AUGACAGUGCAGGUAGGGAAUGUCAUACAGGUUGUUCCAGGGAGGUGGAGGUGGGCCACACACACCUGGGUUACCUGUGGCUCGGCUGAUCUCCCUCCUCCAACAGCAAAUCCCAAGAAUCAACGAGGACAUUGUGGACCCAGAGAUUGCAACAGCAGCAAGAGAGAGAGAGAAGCAAGAGAGGAGGGAGAGGAAGGAGAGGAGGAGGAGAGAGAGAGGGAAGCCAGGAGGGAGGCACGUCAGAGAGAGAGGGAGAGGAAGAGGUUGAUUCUAUUACAACAACAACUGCAACAACAACAACAGUUAGUCAGUGAGGAGGGGGAGGGUCCGUCCUCUGAUGCUGAGGAUGAGGUAUUGUUCAGGCAGUACACAGGAGACAAGGAUGGGAGCUACUCUCCCCCUCCCCCUCCAGGGUCGCUGCCCCCCUUCACUGCAUUGAAGUUGUACCCAGGCUACACCCACUACACCUUCACAGCUCCCAGCACUGCAGUUAUAUACACACAGCCUUCCCCACAGCAAUAUGCUUACAACCAAGUGGCAGCCAUCCCAGGGGGGGUCGUGGUGGCCAACCAGGGGGGGGAGCAACAACCCCCACCAACCCCCCCACAGGGAUGUUCAAUUACCCUGGGUAUGUGUACACCACCCCUCUACUCCCCUUCCCCCUCCCCUGCCUCCACUAUGUUCUUCCACCAGCAACACCACCAGCAGGAGGAGGAGGAGGAGGAGGAGGAGGAGGAGGAGGAGGAGGAGGAGGAGGAGGAGGAAGAAGAAGAAGAAGAGGAGGUAUCAACAAGAGAAAGAGAAGAGGACACGUGUGGCUCCGGUCGGAACUCCUCGGGGAAUUGCCGGCUCACCUCUGAAGAAAAGCGUACCAGCCAGCCUGCCCACCACACCCAAGUCAACAACCACUCUGUCGUCAUUGCAGAAAAACACAAUCAACAUGACCCGUUCUCCCCUAAGCCUGACCCCAAUGUGGUGGAGGCACGCUGUGACAAUGGUCUGGUGCGUGGUCAUGCUUACUCCAUCACUCGCAUCAAGUAUUGUGACAUCCAGACUCCAAGGGUGUCAGGCAAGAUCCCUCUGGUGCGCAUCCGUAACCCUUGGGGCAAUGAAGCAGAGUGGGUUGGCCCCUGGAGUGACAAGAGUCAAGAAUGGCAGUUCAUUCCUCCUGAGGAGAAAGAAGAGAUGGGUCUCACCUUUAAACAUGAUGGGGAGUUUUGGAUGUCUUUCAAGGACUUCUUGACCAACUUCACCAUGCUGGAGAUGACCAACCUCAACCCAGACUCCCUGGAGGACGAGGACAUCAUCGGCUCCGUGCAGCACAAGUGGGAGAUGAGUGUGUUUGAGGGAGCCUGGAUCAGGGGCUCCUCAUCUGGCGGAUGUAGGAAUUUCCUUGAUACAUUCUGGCACAAUCCUCAGUACAGAAUCACUUUGACUGAGGUUGAUGAUGAUGAUGACAACAAGUGUACAGUGAUUGUGGCACUGAUGCAGAAGAAUCGCCGUUCACAGAGGAAGCUUGGCUUAGAGUGCCUUACUAUUGGCUUUGCAAUUUAUUAUUUACGAGACCCAGAUGGUGUUCCUCGGCCUUUAGAUCUGAACUUCUUCAAGUAUUCUGCCUCAGUGGCUCGUUCCCCAUCCUUCAUCAACAUGAGGGAGGUGUCUUGUCGCUUCAAGCUGCCCCCUGGCACUUACUGCAUUGUGCCAUCCACCUUUGAGCCUAAUGAAGAAGGAGAGUUCAUUUUGAGAGUCUUCUCUGAAAAAGCCAAUGAAAUGGAGAAAAGCGUACCAGCCAGCCUGCCCACCACACCCAAGUCAACAACCACUCUGUCGUCACUGCAGAAAAAUACAAUCAACAUGACCCGUUCUCCCCUAAGGUAA